AUGAACAGCAACAAGAUAAAGAAUAAAGAAGAUGAGAAGUCAGAGUUUGGUGAUACCGCAACCAAAGUCAUAGGCAUCGUUGGAGUCGUUGGAGCCGUCGUAGGUCUACUAUGGUGGAUAGGCUCGGGCUCGAAAAAGGAAGAGAAGAUGAUGAAGGCUCCUGGAAAGGAUGGCUAUAUUGUCAGGAGAGAUUUCGAAAACAGCGCAAAAGAUUACUUCAAGGAUUUGCGUGAAUGCAAAUUCUUGAAUGGCUCUACCGAUCAUGCGUCUCUCUUCUCCCAACAGGGCAAGAAAGGUCCUAACCAGGACGCCAUGAUUGUCUGGGAGAAUUUUGGGUCAAUGGAGGACACUGUAUUUUGUGGUGUAUUUGAUGGACAUGGUCCUUACGGUCACGUUAUCGCAAAGAGAGUCAGGGAUUUGCUUCCGCUCAAAUUAGGCUCUCACUUGGAGUCCUAUCUCUCCUGCGAGGAGGUUCUUAAAGAGAUCAGCCUCAACACUGCUGACAGAAUGACCUCUGACAGCGUUGUGCAAAUAUCUGGUAAUGGUGAAUCCCGAGUCUACAACGAGGAUCAGGAUAUGGUUCAGAUGAUGUUGACCUCGAUUGUUAAAGCCUACAGAUUCAUGGACAAGGAAUUGAAGAUGCAAGUGGAUGUUGAUUGCUUUUGUAGUGGUACUACUGCAGUUACUAUGGUUAAGCAGGGUCAACAUCUUGUUGUUGGAAACAUUGGGGAUUCAAGAGCAGUAUUGGGUACGAGGAAUAAAGAGAAUAAACUUGUUCCUUUUCAGUUAACUGAAGAUCUCAAACCAGAUGUUCCAGUUUUGAUGUUACCAAGUGAAGCAGCAAGGAUAAAGAGAUGCAGAGGACGUAUAUUUGCUCUCCGGGAUGAACCAGGAGUUUCCCGCCUCUGGCUUCCUAACCACAACUCACCUGGUCUGGCCAUGGCGCGUGCUUUUGGAGAUUUUUGCCUUAAGGACUUUAUUCUCAUUUCUGUGCCUGACGUGUCCUACGGACGCCUCACUGAGAAAGAUGAAUUUGUUGUCUUGGCAACUGAUUGGGUAAGAGAUAUCACACUGUCAAUGAAAUAGUAGUAGUAAAAAGUCCAAUAGUUCUGAAUAAAUGCAUAUAAUAGAGGUACAAAACUAUUUGGUCUCUUAAGUGUGUUCUUGAAACUUUGCUAGAUAUGGGAUGUAUUGACGAAUGAAGAAGUUGUGGAGAUUGUAGCGAAAGCACCAACACGUUGCACAGCUGGUCGGCCUUGGUGGAAGCUGCAGUGAGGAAUUGGAGAUGGAAGUUCCCACUUCAAAGGCGAUGACUGCGCUGUAGUUUGCCUCUUCCUUGACUCGAAACCAAACAAAUUAUCAACUGCUUCUUUCUCAGUGGAUAAACACAUCAGCAAUGGCCUUACUGAACCUGAUACAACAUCAACGUCAACUCCAGGCUCGGGAACCGAAUCACCUGAGCUCAAUGGUGUCGAAGAGUCGACAGAAUCGACACACUCGUGACAACCAAAGAGUAGGGAGAUAGAACAGAGGCAGGAGGUGAAAAUGUGAGAUUAGACUUUGUCUAUCUCUCUUGUCUAUCUCUCUCUCCCUUUCAGGUUUUUUAGUCUCUAAAUGUCUCUUAUGCUCUAUGUUCCCGUCAAAAGUCACUGUUUGUAUAUAUAACAAUGCCAAUACUUUUACUAUGGUCUCUCUUUUUUUUUCCUUUUUUUGUAAAUAAAUUUCUAAAGCCGCAUUUCUGUUUGUUUGAGCAAUUUUUAUAUGUUAGAAACCGCAUCUGCUUUUUAGACCCAAAGUGAUGUUCAGAGUGUUUAC